GAAGAGAAGAUGUGGAGGCGCUCAUUGGCUGGUGUACAGCUAUGGCUGAGCAGAAGGGCCCGGGAGAGGAGAAGUGGUAUGGCGUGGCUACCUGUGCGUUCGACGCCCUCGGUGCCGCAUCCGUCGUCCUGAGUGGUGGUGAAGUCCAGGAGCACAUCCCAAGAUUGAAGAACAUCGUCGAAGACACCGUCGAGGAACUCCAAUCCCUUGUCGCGGCAAUGGGACCCCUCGCUGACCUCGUCAGGCGUGGUACCCUUCUCGCUCAAGCCGAGGAAUCCCAGCGUGAUCUGACUGCUGCCAAUGCAGGCGAGAAGUGGGCCCAGGAAGCUUCGAGACGGAGGAAUCCUCAGCCUAAGGCGCUUGGUGGACGUGGUGAGGUUGUUGAGGCUCCGACUGCUGGUGAGUUGGCCUUGAUGGGUGCUAGCAGGGGUAAGAAGAUGAGCAAGAGGCAGAAGGGUCAUGCUAUCUCCAUGCAAGUGGGAAGGUAUACUGUGGAGAGGGUGGAGUUGUAGCUGAGAAACUACUGGCGUGGUGGCGACUAGGAUUUAGAUUAGAGCGCUUGCAUUUGGAGCAUAUUGGUUCGGUAUGGAAUACAUC